AUGUCUAAUAGCGAUGCGGAGCCUGACGGUGUAGGGCAGCAGCAUUCAGCCAGUCCGCCGCGCAUCCUGAUCAUCGGAGCUGGCUCGCGCGGGCAGACGUACGCCGAGGCAACGGCCAAGUCGACGAACGGGGUGGUGGUAGCAGUGGCAGAGCCGGACGCAUACAAGCGCGGACAGCUGGGCCGACGACACAUCUGGGGGGACGGGCAGCCGGGUGAGGGGCAGUCGUUUGUGGGAUGGCAGUCGUUUGUGGCCUACGAGAGGAGAAGGCGAGAGGGCCAAAACAAAGACAAACGAGCCGAAGGCGAGGACCAAAAGGACCAAAAGGACCAAGGAGUCGAUGCCGUCUUUGUCUGUGUGCUAGACGAGCAGCACCGCGCGGUAGUUGAGGCGCUGGCAGCACUGGGCGGGCUGCACGUGAUGUGUGAGAAGCCGCUGGCGACGACGUUGGCCGACUGCGUGGCCAUGUACCGAGCACUGCAGCAGCAGGGGCCAGCAGGGGGCGGUGAUGUGCAGGCACUGUUUGCGAUCGGACACGUGCUGCGUUACAGCCCACACAACCGGCUGCUGCGGCGGCUGGUGCGCGAAGAGAAGGCGAUCGGAUCAGUGUUGAGCGUGGUGCACACGGAGCCGAUCGGCUGGUGGCACUUUACGCACAGCUAUGUGCGCGGCAACUGGCGGCGCGAGGACACGACGGCGCCAAGCCUGCUGACCAAGAGCUGCCACGACCUGGACGUGCUGUUGUGGCUGCUGAGCGCGCCGCUGGUCGGCAGCCAUGACACAAAAGCCCACCGGCCGGCCACUGUCUCGUCGUCGGGCGCGCUGCAGAUGUUCCGGCGCAGCCGCAAGCCCGCCGCAGCCGGCACGGCCACCAACUGUCUCGCGUGUGCGGCCGAGCCUGACUGCCUGUACUCGGCACGGCGCAUCUACGUCGACGGCCAGCUGCGCGGACUCGCGACCGGCAACCACGGCUGGCCCGUCAGCAUCGUGGUGCCCGACAUCGAGGACAUUGCGACACGGCGAGGCGAGGCAGCCGCACGGAACACGCUUCUUGGCCGUCUAGCCGAUGAUUACGAUCGCGGCCGCACGCCCGACAGCGUCGUGGCUGCACGCAACUGGUUCGGCCGCUGCGUGUUCGAGGCCGACAACGACGUGUGCGACGAGCAGGUCGUUGUGGUCACGUGGGACGACGAGCCCGACGACGAUGCCAGAAACACCAAAACCGCCAAGACCGCCACCUUCCACAUGGUCGCCCAUACGGCCAAAAUCUGCGAGCGCUACACCCAUCUCUACGGCGAGCACGGCGAGAUCUACGCCGACCAGACCGCCAUCACCGUCCAGGACUUCCGCACCGGUACCACCACCGUGCACCGACCGCAGGCCGAGACCGAGACCGAAGGCCACGGCGGCGGCGACACCGGACUCACCCGUGCUUUUGUGCUCGCUGUCGACCGCGUCAAGAACGGCGGCUGGCCGAUCGACCGCGCCCAGCGCGAAAUCAUCGGCUGCACGCUCGACGAGGUCCUACGCAGCCACGCACUCGUCUUCUGUGCCGAAGCCGCUCGCCGCAGCCGUACCGUCAUCGACUGGGAUGACUGGUGGAAGCGAGAGGUUGGUGUCGUCGUCGUCUAG